AUGCUUGUUGCAUCCGAAAAAAUUGAAAAAGGAACAGAAGUCACUAUCCCCUUUGAUUGCGAUUUCCGCGACACUGUCGUACCAGUGGAUUGCGCAUGCGGCGAAGAUCCUAACUGCUACAUGAAGCAGUUUAAUAAUUCACUUCGAGCCAAGAAUUCUGUUGAGGAACGUCCCAAUCAUGAUGUCCCACAAGAGGAUCAGCAGCCUAACGGUAUGGGCAGCACUCGCAAAGUGGUCAUGUCUACAACACCUAAAAUCAAGAGUGAAAGCCGUGGUCGACCGAAGGGAAGCGGAAAGAAAGAAAAAGCUGCUGAUGAAACACCAAAGAAAAAAGGUGCUCCUGGUCGAAAGCCCAAAAAAGUUGGCAUACGUCUCCGACGUCAUUCGGAAAGCAAGAGCGCUAAGUCUCCAGAAUCUCCAAAAGAGCAGAGUGCAGUUAGCGAAGCAUCGGAUGUGAAGGACGAAUCAACAGACAUGCAGAAGAGUGAACAGGCAGCAACUACUCCUGCUGAUGCCGGUGCUGAUGUCAGUGUGUCCGCUGAAAACAAUAAAGCUGAGGAAGUGAAGGAGGAGGCUGCAGCAACACCAGGAAAGCAAGACAAGAAGACGAGUGAGACUGAGAAGAAAGCAGAAGUUACUUCGCCAAAGAAGAAUAUCUUGGUAAAUGGGAGCGUUAUUUGCAUCGAGAAAGUCGAUUGGUGUUUUUCGAUUUUGACCCAAUAA